AUGAUCGGUAAUCCAUGGCCCAUCGCCAAGCCAAUUGCGAGCAGACCGAUACCAGUACAGCAUCAGCACCUGCAACAUCUUCUAGCACACUGUCAUCAUCCAUAUUUAGCUGUGAGGCCUGCUCAGGCGCAUACGCAAGUGUUCCCGUUACCCGGCGGUUUCCCUUGGGCACAUAGUUCAAGAGGUAAACCACGUCGUGGGAUGAUGCGACGCGCGGUCUUCUCAGAUCUUCAACGGAAAGGAUUAGAGAAGCGGUUUCAAGUUCAGAAGUAUAUCAGCAAGCCGGAUAGGAAGAAGCUGGCGGAGAAACUUGGACUUAAAGAUAGUCAGGUGAGAAAAUAUAUCUGA